AUGACGGGGGGUUUGCCCAGCCCAGACAUGUCUCCGCCUGGCGCACCUUCGAAGCCACAGCGGAUACUGGCAUGCGUACGCUGCCAGCAGAGGAAAAUCAAAUGUGAUCGCAAGUUUCCUUGCGCAAAUUGCAAUACCUCUCGCGCACAAUGUGUCCCUGCGACGUUGACGCAACGCGGCCGGCGGAAACCCAGAUUCCCUGAGCGAGAGCUACUGGAACGUCUCCGCAAGUAUGAAGACCUGCUCAGUCGAAAUAAUAUUGACUUUGAACCGCUCCACAAAGGUAAACAUGCUGGAGAGAAGGAAUCAUCAACCUCCCACGGUGGUCGUGGUGAUGAAUCAGAAGACGAGCAGCCAGGAGCUGUCGAGGCGGAUUGUCCGUCUCCUUCAACAUCUAUCAAGUCUGAACGAGUACAUGAAGCUAUGGAUUACUGGCGCUCCUUGAAUUCAGGAUCCCGAGAUUCUGGUAAUGAUAGCGACUCUUCACAGGAUGAUAUGCGUGGGGUGUUCUUCCAAAAGGGUUGGGUUCAGUUAUAUGGAGAUAAUGACCACCUUCUUUUUGGCUCCCAAAAUGGAAACAUCGACCUUUCUACUCUACAUCCUAACCCAGUCCAGAUCUUCCGGCUUUGGCAAGUUUACCUAGACAACGUCAAUCCACUGCUCAAGGUCACACAUACCCCCAGUCUGCAAGGACGUAUCGUGGAAGCUGUCAGCAACGUGGCGACUAUCAGCCCUGCCCUUGAAGCCCUCUUGUUUAGUAUCUAUUGCAUGGCCGUUAGCCUUAUUGAAGACGAUUGCCAGGCCAUUUUCGGUUCAUCUAAGGAAGAGCUUUUGACGAGGUUUCAAUUCGGCUGUCAGCAAGCUCUACUAAACUGUGGGUUUCUAAGGACCGAUGAUCGCGACUGCUUGACCGCGUUGUUUCUCUACCUAGUAUGUCUACCAAUGAUAUCCUUUACAGUUGUUGAUGGUGUUAGUUCUCAGUUCGACCUCGGACAGUUCCUCAAUCUCUGUCUGCAAUGCUUGGCGUUGCAAUUCGCAUCGCGCAACGCAUGGGCAUUCAUAGCGAGUCAGUUUUGGCUAAAAGCACUAUUUUUGAGGCAGAACUACGCCGUCGACUUUGGUGGUCACUCAUGCUUUUUGAUAGUCGCAUUAGCGAGAUGGCCGACCACAAAUCUUGACUGCAGGACCACAACAUUAGAUCCUACCUGGGACUGCAGGAUCCCACUCAACAUAAAUGAUUCUGACAUCCGAUCAGAGCUAAAGGAACCGCCAUUGGUCCAAGGGAGUUCCACGGAUUCCAUAUUCGUCGUUGUGCGCGGUGAGAUCGCGGAGUUUGUCCGCCACUCAGCAUUCAACCUUAACUUUACCAACCCAGCUCUAAAGCCUGUUGCCAAAACUGGUCAACAUGAUCUGGCUAAACUAGUCAUCCUAGAGAAAAUGAUUGAGGACAAAUAUCUCAGAUAUUGUGACCCAGAUAAUCCACUUCACUUUAUGACGAUCUGGUGGACACGAGCACACCUUGCUAGAUGCCGCUUGCUAGAAUACCAUUCGAGCUAUGCCAACUCCUCUGUACGUCCAACAGACACGCAGCGAGAUGUACAGAGAGAAGCUUCCAUUUCCCAUGCGCUCUGCAUGCUUGAGUGCGAUACAAAACUCGCGACCUCGCCCCUUGCCAAGGGAUUCCUUUGGCAAGUUAACGUGCACUUCCCGUUUCCCGCAUUUGUUCACAUCCUUCAAGACCUGAAAAGGCGGCCAUUUAGUGCGUACGCUGAACAGGCCUGGGAAGUGAUGAGUGAUAAUUCUGAGGCUCGGCUAAUGUUUAUGGCCACCGCAUUCAAAAAUCCUUUCUUGGAAAUAUUCGCCAACAUAGUCCUCGAGGCAUGGGAGGCUCGUGAGGCAGCUGUCGAUCAAUUGCGAGAGCCGUUGGUGCCACCAAGUAUUGUGACAUUUAGCAGAGCCAGAAUAGCUCAAAAGGGCCCAGUCGUACAGGUUGCUGAGACACAACAGCCCAACUUUGAAACCGGUAUGGGCAUGGACAUGAACAUGAACAAUUUGCAGAUAUCGAUGCUGAUGAGCUCUGGUAGCCACGGCCAGCUGUAUAGUAUGGGAGGUCAAAGCGAUUACGGAACUAUGGGUCCGCUUUACCCCAACAUGUCCGGACAAGCUCCGUUGGACGUUGAUAUGAAUAGUCUAGACUGGGCUACAACGGACUGGGGUUCAGGGGGCGUAUAUCAGGGAGUCUUGGAUGCGGAGUUUUGA